AUGACUGUCAACUUGACCCAGCCAGCAGAAUGUUUCUCGCAGCGCGAUUCCGUACCGGGCAUACUCGAUAGCUUCCUUGACCACUACGCCGCGGUGCCGCUAUACCAACAAGGAAACAACGACACUGAUUUUCGGGAGCUGCUACGGUCCUGCUGCCCAACGAGUGUGUGGAUAUACUCGAAUCCUAAGCCCUGCACUGCAGUCUGCAACCUGACUUCCACGGCGCAAGCAAAUACAGCCGAGUCCUGCUUGCAAGGCGAGCACACCGACUCCGUGGUCCAUGGUAAUGCUGGGGCCGUGACGCGCGCACCAGGGAUUAUGAAUACCUUGCCACUGCUGAUGGUUGGUGGAUUACUUUUAUCUCGGAUUUUUCUUUGA